AUGUACGUGGAGCCCGAUUUAUUAAGCGGUUAAUUUUGGUUGCUUGACUUCGGUUUGCCAGACUUGCCGCACCGCUAAUUGAAGCCAAUUCGCAAGCAAACAUUGUUAAAUGUUUAACCACAUUGGAGCAGUGCGAAGUUUGCCAGCUCUGAUAACGGUAUCGCGAAACAAAUAACAAAAGGCUCGUUCAAACUAAAAACACAACGUGUUCACAACUACAACUGCAGCAGAUAAGCUUCGCUUGAAAUUACACAGUAGAGAAACCCAUUAAAUAUGUCUUCCGCAAACUGUUACUUGGCACUGGAGGAUGGCACCGUGAUGCCGGGCCACUCCUUUGGCCACGUUCCGGAAUCGGAGUCCGUCGGAGUCUCCGGCGAAGUGGUGUUCCAAACGGGAAUGGUCGGCUACACGGAGGCGUUGACCGAUCGCUCGUACAGCGGCCAAAUCCUGGUGCUCACCUACCCGCUGAUCGGCAACUACGGGGUGCCGGCUCCCGACGAGGACGAGCACGGACUGCCGCUUCACUUCGAGUGGAUGCAGGGCGUUGUCCAGGCCACCGCUUUAGUGGUGGGCGAGGUGGCCGACGAGGCGUGGCACUGGCGUUCCGCGAAGACGCUGCCCAGCUGGCUGGCGGAGCACAAGGUGCCCGGCAUCAGUGGCAUCGAUACCCGAGCCCUGACCAAAAAACUGCGCGAGCAGGGUCUACUCGGCCGGAUUGUCUACGGAAAGCCACCGACCGAGGAGGAGCUGGCCAAGUCCAGCUUCGCGGAUCCGAACACCAGGAACUUGGCCAAGGAGUGCAGCGUGAAGGAGCGCCGAGUGUACGGGGAUCCCAAGGGCAAGGGACCCCGGAUCGCCAUCCUCGAUUGUGGACUGAAGCUGAACCAGCUGCGCUGCCUGCUGCAGCGUGGCGCCUCCGUGACUCUGCUCCCCUGGAGCGCCCGCCUCGAGGAGGAGCAGUUCGACGCCCUCUUCCUGUCCAACGGUCCCGGCAAUCCCGAGAGCUGCGACGAGAUCGUCCAACAGGUACGCAAAGUGCUCGAGGAGGGAAGCAAACCCGUGUUUGGCAUCUGCCUGGGUCACCAGCUGCUGGCGAAGGCCAUCGGCUGCUCCACGUACAAGAUGAAGUACGGCAAUCGGGGCCACAACCUGCCCUGCCUGCACCGCGGAACGGGACGCUGCCUGAUGACCUCGCAGAACCACGGAUACGCCGUCGAUCUGGAGCAGCUGCCCGCCGGCUGGUCGGAGCUGUUCGUGAACGCCAACGACGGCACCAACGAGGGCAUUGUGCACGCGAGCAAGCCCUACUUCUCGGUUCAGUUCCAUCCGGAGCACCAUGCCGGUCCCCAGGACACGGAGUUCCUGUUCGACGUCUUUCUGGAGAGCAUUUCGCGCAGGGAUGCGACCAUUCCGCAGCUGAUCGAGCAGCGACUGCGUCCGACGAGGAUCCACGCGGUGGAGGAUCCCGCGCCAGUGAAGCCGCGCAAGGUGCUGAUCCUCGGAUCCGGCGGACUUUCCAUCGGACAGGCGGGCGAAUUUGACUACUCCGGAUCGCAGGCCAUCAAGGCGAUGCGCGAGUCGAACAUCCAGACGGUGCUGAUCAAUCCGAACAUAGCCACCGUUCAGACCUCCAAGGGAAUGGCGGAUAAGUGCUACUUCCUCCCGCUGACGCCGCACUACGUGGAGCAGGUGAUCAAGUCGGAGCGACCGAACGGAGUGCUCCUCACCUUCGGCGGCCAAACGGCGCUCAACUGCGGCGUGGAGCUGGAACGCGCCGGGGUCUUCGCCAAGUACAACGUGCGCAUCCUGGGCACGCCCAUCCAGUCGAUCAUCGAGACGGAGGACCGGAAGCUGUUCGCGGAGCGCGUGAACGAGAUUGGGGAGCAGGUGGCGCCCUCGGAGGCGGUCUACUCCGUGGCGGAGGCCCUGGAUGCGGCCAGUCGCCUUGGCUAUCCGGUGAUGGCCCGUGCCGCCUUCUCGCUGGGCGGCCUGGGCUCCGGCUUUGCCAACAACGAGCAGGAGCUGCAAUCCCUGGCGCAGCAAGCGCUGGCCCACUCUAGCCAACUGAUCGUGGACAAGUCGCUGAAGGGCUGGAAGGAGGUGGAGUACGAGGUGGUGCGCGACGCCUACGACAACUGCAUCACCGUCUGCAACAUGGAGAACUUCGAUCCGCUGGGCAUCCACACCGGCGAGAGCAUCGUGGUGGCUCCCUCGCAGACCCUCUCCGACCGCGAGUACCAGAUGCUGCGAAGCACCGCGCUGAAGGUGAUCCGCCACUUCGGCGUCGUCGGCGAGUGCAACAUCCAGUACGCCCUGUGUCCGCACUCGGAGCAGUACUACAUCAUCGAGGUGAACGCCCGGCUGUCGCGCAGCUCCGCCCUGGCCAGCAAGGCCACCGGCUACCCGCUGGCCUAUGUGGCCGCCAAGCUGGCCCUCGGACUGCCGCUGCCGGACAUCAAGAACUCGGUGACGGGGAACACGACGGCGUGCUUCGAGCCGUCGCUGGACUACUGCGUGGUGAAGAUACCGCGCUGGGACCUGGCCAAGUUCGUGCGGGUGAGCAAGCACAUCGGCAGCUCGAUGAAGAGCGUCGGCGAGGUGAUGGCCAUCGGCCGGAACUUCGAGGAGGCCUUCCAGAAGGCGCUGCGCAUGGUGGACAGCGAUGUGCUGGGCUUCGAUCCCGGCGUGGUCACCCUGGAGCAGGAGCAGCUGGCCGAGCAGCUGUCGGAGCCCACGGAUCGGCGUCCGUUCGUCUUGGCCGCUGCGCUGAAUUCGGGCAUGUGCGUGGAUGAGCUGCACCGGCUGACCAAGAUCGAUUGCUGGUUCCUGCACAAGCUGGCCAGGAUCAUCGAGCUGCACGCGCAGCUCACCAGCGUUGGCAGUCGCACGGGCGCGGACCUCCUGCUGCAGGCCAAGCAGUACGGGUUCUCGGACAAGCAGAUAGCCAAGGCCACCAAGAGCACCGAGUUGGCGGUGCGCCACCAGCGGCAGGAGUUCGGCAUUCGUCCGCACGUCAAGCAGAUCGACACGGUGGCCGGCGAGUGGCCGGCCAGCACGAACUACCUGUACAACACGUACAACGGCAGCGAGCACGACGUGCAGUUCCCCGGCGGACACACCAUCGUGGUGGGCUCGGGCGUCUACCGCAUCGGCAGCUCCGUGGAGUUCGACUGGUGCGCCGUCGGCUGUCUGCGCGAGCUGAGGAAGCUGCAGCGGCCCACCAUCAUGAUCAACUACAAUCCGGAGACGGUGUCCACCGACUACGACAUGUGCGACCGGCUCUACUUCGAGGAGAUCAGCUUCGAGGUGGUCAUGGACAUCUACGAGAUGGAGAACAGCGACGGCAUCAUCCUCUCGAUGGGCGGCCAGCUGCCCAACAACAUUGCCAUGGAUCUGCAUCGCCAGCAGGCGAAGGUCCUGGGCACCUCGCCGGAAUCGAUCGAUUGUGCGGAGAACAGGUUCAAGUUCUCGCGCAUGCUGGACCGGAAGGGCAUCCUGCAGCCGCGCUGGAAGGAGCUGACCAACCUGCAGUCGGCCAUUGACUUCUGCGAGGAGGUCGGCUACCCCUGUUUGGUGAGGCCAUCCUACGUGCUCUCCGGCGCCGCCAUGAAUGUGGCCUACUCGAACCAGGACCUGGAGACGUAUCUGAAUGCCGCCUCCGAGGUGAGUCGCGAGCACCCGGUGGUCAUCUCGAAGUUCCUCACCGAGGCCAAGGAGAUCGAUGUGGACGCCGUGGCGGCAGACGGGAGGAUCCUCUGCAUGGCCGUUUCGGAGCACGUGGAGAACGCGGGCGUUCACUCGGGUGAUGCCACGCUGGUCACCCCGCCGCAGGAUCUCAACGCGGAGACGCUGGAGGCCAUCAAGCGGAUCACCUGCGACCUGGCCAGUGUCCUGGAUGUCACGGGUCCCUUCAACAUGCAACUCAUCGCCAAGAACAACGAGCUCAAGGUGAUCGAGUGCAAUGUGCGCGUCUCGCGGUCCUUCCCCUUCGUCUCGAAGACCCUCGAUCACGACUUCGUGGCCACCGCCACGAGGGCGAUUGUUGGCCUGGACGUGGAGCCACUGGACGUGCUCCAUGGCGUGGGCAAGGUGGGCGUCAAGGUGCCGCAGUUCAGCUUCUCCCGCCUGGCCGGUGCGGAUGUCCAGCUGGGCGUCGAGAUGGCCUCCACCGGGGAGGUGGCCUGCUUCGGGGACAACCGCUACGAGGCCUACCUGAAGGCCAUGAUGUCCACGGGCUUCCAGAUACCCAAGAACGCCGUGCUCCUCUCCAUCGGCAGCUUCAAGCACAAAAUGGAGCUACUGCCCUCCAUUCGGGAUCUGGCCAAGAUGGGCUACAAGCUGUACGCCUCCAUGGGCACUGGAGAUUUUUACGCGGAACAUGGCGUUGACGUGGAGUCCGUACAGUGGACGUUCGACAAGACGAAACCCGACGACAUCAACGGCGAGCUGAGGCACUUGGCCGAGUUCCUGGCCAACAAGCAGUUCGAUCUGGUCGUCAACCUUCCGAUGAGCGGCGGAGGCGCCAGGCGGGUGUCCUCGUUCAUGACCCAUGGCUACCGCACCCGCCGCCUGGCGGUGGACUACUCGAUCCCGCUGGUGACCGACGUGAAGUGCACCAAGCUGCUGGUGGAGUCGAUGCGGAUGACCGGCGGCAAGCCGGCGAUGAAGACGCACACGGACUGCAUGACCUCGCGGCGGAUCGUGAAGCUGCCCGGGUUCAUCGACGUGCACGUCCACCUCCGCGAGCCGGGGGCCACGCACAAGGAGGACUUCUCGAGCGGCACGGCAGCCGCGUUGGCCGGCGGCGUGACCCUCGUGUGUGCGAUGCCCAACACGAAUCCCUCGAUCGUCGACCGGGAGACGUUCGCCCAGUUCCAGGAGCUGGCCAAGGCGGGCUCCCGCUGCGACUACGCCCUGUACGUGGGCGCCUCCGAUGGGAACUGGGCGCAGGUCCACGAGCUGGCCAGCCAGGCGUGCGGCCUGAAGAUGUACCUCAACGACACCUUCGGCACUCUGCGGCUGAGCGACAUGACCGCCUGGCAGAGGCACCUCGCCCACUGGCCAAAAAGAGCACCCAUUGUCUGCCAUGCGGAGAAGCAGAGCACGGCGGCCGUGAUCCUGAUGGCCCACCUCCUGGACCGCCCCGUUCACAUCUGCCAUGUGGCGCGCAAGGAGGAGAUCCAGUUGAUCCGCGGCGCCAAGGAGAAGGGCAUCAAGGUGACCUGCGAGGUGUGUCCGCACCACCUCUUCCUCAGCACCAAGGAUGUGGAGCGGCUGGGCGCGGGAAUGUCCGAGGUGCGGCCACUGCUCUGCUCGCCGGAGGAUCAGGAGGCGCUCUGGGAGAACAUGGACUACAUCGAUGUGUUCGCCACCGACCAUGCGCCGCACACGCUGGCCGAGAAGCGCUCGGAGCGACCGCCGCCCGGAUUCCCCGGCGUGGAGACCAUCCUGCCCCUGCUCCUCCAGGCCGUGCACGAGGGCCGGCUCACGCUGGAGGACAUCAAGCGGAAGUUCCAUCGCAAUCCGCGCAGCAUCUUCAACCUGCCCGAGCAGGCGCACACCUACGUGGAGGUCGAUCUCGACGAGGAGUGGACCAUAGCGGGCAGCGAGAUGAAGAGCAAGUCCGGCUGGACGCCGUUCGAGGGCACCAAGGUGAAGGGUCGCGUCCACCGCGUGGUCCUCCGCGGCGAGGUGGCCUUCAUCGAUGGUCAGGUCCUGGUGCAGCCGGGUUUCGGCCAGAACGUGCGCUCCAAGCCGAAGCAGCUGCCCUCGGAGGCGGCCCAGGAUCUGCUGCCCAGCGACAGCGAUGCCAACGACACCUUUGCCCGUCUGCUCCACACGGAAGGUGCCGCUGGUCAGGGAGUACCAUCAUCCGGCGCCUCCACUAAAGUGCACUUUGUCGACGGAGCCAACAUCCUGCGUCCCAUCUCGCCAUCGCCACGCGUUCGCCUCGAUUCCAGCAGCAACACCACCUUGCGGGAGUACCUGCAGCGCGCCUCGAGCCCCAAUCCCGUGGCCCACUCGCUGGUGGGCAAGCACAUCCUGGCCGUGGACAUGUUCAGCAAGGAGCAGCUGAACGACAUCUUCAACCUGGCCCAGCUGCUCAAGUCGCGCGUCACGAAGGACCGGCCGGUGGACGAGCUGCUGCGCGGCAAGAUCAUGGCCAGCGUCUUCUACGAGGUGAGCACGCGGACGCAGUGCAGCUUCGCGGCGGCCAUGCUGCGUCUGGGCGGCAGGGUGAUCAGCAUGGACCAGAUCACCUCGUCGGUGAAGAAGGGCGAGACGCUCGAGGACAGCAUCAAGGUGAUGGCCAGCUAUGCGGACGUCAUGGUGCUCCGCCAUCCCACGCCAGGAGCUGUUUCGAAAGCCGCUUUGUUCUCCCGGAAACCGCUGAUCAAUGCCGGCGAUGGCGUUGGGGAGCAUCCCACGCAGGCGCUGCUCGACAUCUUCACCAUUCGCGAGGAGAUCGGCACGGUCAACGGGCUGACCAUCACCCUGGUGGGCGACCUGAAGAACGGACGCACCGUCCACUCGCUGGCCCGCCUCCUCACCCUCUACAACGUGACCCUGCAGUACGUGGCGCCCGAGAGCCUCCAGAUGCCCCGCGAGAUCGUCCAGUUCGUCCACCAGCGCGGCAUCAAGCAGUGCUUCGCCGGCCGCCUGGAGGAGCUGCUCCCCGGCACCGAUGUCCUCUACAUGACCCGCAUCCAGAGGGAGCGGUUCGACAGCGAGGAGGAGUACAAAAAGUGCUGUGGCCAACUGGUGGUGACGCCCGAGCUGAUGACGCUGGCCAAGAAGCGCUCGAUUGUGCUGCACCCGCUGCCGCGUCUGGACGAGAUCAGCCGGGAGUUCGACUCGGACCCGAGGGCUGCCUACUUCCGGCAGGCGGAGUACGGCAUGUACAUCCGGAUGGCGCUGCUCGCAAUGGUUGUGGGCGGUCGCAAUACGGCGCUCUAGACGAACUUCAUCCGGAAUACCUGCUAUCUGACUCUCUUACACUUUUAUUUUUGUACACUACCUUUUUUUACUACACAUACACAUAUGCUGCAGCAUAUGAAUAAAUGGUUCCAUUUGAUAAA